AUGAACGCCAACACCAACGCAGUCUCUCGUAUUUCUGCCGUCAUCGGUCACUGGCGUGGUAUCUCGCAGACCUCGAUGGAUACUGAUGUCGAGGCGCAGACGAUCACUGGGUACCACACACCUUUACCUUUACCAGCUGUUCCCGAACAAGCCCGUUCGGCUGCUGCACCGACACACACACCUGCUCCUGCAGACGAGACGGCCCCCACCUCAGACCCCAUCGAUGACUUCUUCGGUAUCACGCGUCCACGUGCUACAAGAGAGAGCAGACAUGAUGCCUACCCGUCUGUAUCUUCUCGCGUGGGUGUGAUUGCUAUGAAUGGGGAAGCUCCCCCUCCUUACGUGGACGGUGCUGAAUUGCCAGCAUAUACCGUGGCAGCCGGCGAACCUGCCACGCUCGCAAUGUACCUGUUCAAAUUCGGAUUUUUGUUCCCCCCGUUUUGGAUCCUCGGGGCUAUGAUUCUCCUCUCGCCACUCCACGCUCCUGCCGAUUUCGAGCCCACCAAACCAGAAGCUGCUCGCCAGGAAUUGAUAUGCAUGAUGAGGGUGGCUGAGAUCAGGUGGGCGAAGCGGUGUGCUUGGGCGCUGCUCAUUCUUGUCCUUGCGAUUGGCGUAACGGCAGGGGUUGUCGUUGCAGUUAUCAAGAGCACAUGA